AUGGAAGAGGAGCCGGGAGCCGAGAGUGAGGGCGAGGCAUUAAUGUCAGCCGGCAAAUAUAGCUCCAGGGGGCUGAGGAGGCCUGGAGCUACAGAGGCCCCUGGAGGAGGGAGUGAUGGGGCCGUGCCAGUGUCUCAGCACUCUCUACAGAGCACUCCUGACAGAGCACUCCCGACAGAGCACUCCCGACAGAGCACUCCCGACAGAGCACUCCUGACAGAGCACUCUCUACAGAGCACUCUCUACAGAGCACUCUCUACAGAGCACUCCCGACAGAGCACUCCCGACAGAGCACUCCCGACAGAGCACUCUCUACAGAGCACUCCUGACAGAGCACUCUCGACAGAGCACUCUCUACAGAGCACUCCCGACAGAGCACUCCAGACAGAGCACUCCCGACAGAGCACUCCCGACAGAGCACUCUCGACAGAGCACUCUCGACAGAGCACUCCUGACAGAGCACUCCCGACAGAGCACUCCUGA